GAGAUUUUCAAAACAGGAGACCUGCCAAAUACCUUCUAAGCUGAACAAUGGAGAGAUUAUCAGUGUUGGUGUGUUUGCUUGCCGUUCUGCCCCACUGCCAGGCUGGAAGUGAGGGCCACAUCAUGGAGAUCCCACAUGGAGAUCUGGCAGACAUCAAGGAAGAGACUGACAAGAAGACAAUGGAUCAAGGAUCAGAAGCAUCAGCCGCUUUCCAAUCAACAGCCGACUCAACUAGCGAACCAAACAUGGCCAUGGUUCAGAAGCUGGAGGCCCUGGAAGCUACUGUGAGAGCCCUUGAAGAGACUGUGAGACCCCUUGAAGCUACUGUGAAAGAUCUAGAAGCUACUGUGGGAGCCCAGGAAGAAACAAUCAGAGAGCUGGAGGAGAGCAAGAAUCAGCUGAUGGAACCCAACAGCACACUGGCUGAACAGAGAUUGUAUGAAGGACUUUAUCAGGUUGCAUUUUCUGCUGCACUACCAGAUGGCAACAUUGGUCCCGCAAAUUUUCUUCACUCUCUAGUGUACAAUCGCGUAAUGUCCAACAUUGGGGGACAUUACAGCCCAGCAACUGGUUUUUUUACAGCACCAGUGAGAGGGGUCUAUUAUUUUACCUUCACUUUCUUCUGCUGGGCACAAUCGCAACAAACUUGUGGUGGCAGUCUGUAUCACAAUGGAAACAAGAUGACGUCGUGGUAUGGUUUUAGUCGAUCUAACCCAUCCUCUGGAUCUAACAACGCUAUUUUGCUGUUACAAGCUGGAGACCAUGUCAAUGUCCGUCUUUGGGCAGACAGGGUAGUCAGUGAUAAUGUAAAUAGGUACUCUACAUUCAGUGGAUUUUUGCUUUACUCAAUGUGAAUCCUAUAGAAAGGUUGUGAUUUCCAACAGAUCAGGCUUUUAAUAGUUGUCAAAAACGUGGCAUAGCAUUUGAUGUCUUUAUAUUUUCUGCUAUUUACUACACACAAGUGCUUACUCUGCAUUUAUUAGAUUAAGAUUUUUUCUAGCAAAGUCCUGAUAAUGUGGCACAAAACUACAACUACAACUUGUCUUUUUCAAUGCUCAUUUCAUUUGCAAUGAUAACAAAAGUGUAUCCUCCCUAAUAAAAGUGUAUCAACUGAGUUCAUAAUAUGA